UGUGUCUGUGAUGAUGUGUCUGUGAUGUGUCUGUGUGAUGUGUCUGUGAUGAUGUGUCUGUGAUGUGUCUGUGAAGAGAUGAAGAACAACGAGAACCUCCCUGGAGACGAUGAUGAGGCCUACAAAGAUAAAGUAUGUGUCGAUGGUGGGAGCUGGUUGUUGGUGUUUUUUAAACUGUCAGUCCUGGAUGCACGCUGGCCCGGAGUCCUGAAUCAUGGGAGGUCAUGGAAGACGGCCGCUGCACUUCAUGCACAGGGAAGAGUCCUGAAAAGGGAGAAUCAGAGUGUGAGAAGACAUCAAACGUUUCGGCAGCUCUAGUAGCAGUAAAAAUAAGUGCUACAGUGAUGAAAACACCCCGAAACACUCUCAGGUUCCUAAAAAAAAGCCAUAAAGUGAUAAAUGCUUCAAAUAUCAAACCGUUAAAAAAUGAAGCGCUGCGGGUUUCGGGUUUAGUUGGGACUCAUGCCAGCAGGUGUUCGUUUAUUGAUUGAUUAGUUAUUAGGCUCUAUGUCUCUGACGGGUUGUGAAAAGAUCGAGCAGCUGCAGGAUCAGCGCUGAUCCUGCAGCUGCUCAGACAGUCGGGCUGAAAGUGCACGAGGGCAGGUAUGGUUCAUUUCCACCCCCCGCCAGCAGGUGACCUCCGUGCGACGUCAGCUGUGACGUAACACCGGGGGCUGAGAGGAAGUGAAGGAGAGGAAGAGGAACUGCUGAUGACACGCAGCUCUGGACUCACCUGGAUCACCUGGACUCACCUGGAUCACCUGGACUCACCUGGAUCACUUGGGUCCAGCUCGUGGGUCGGCGCGCGUGAAGCGGAGCGGUUUAAUGCUGUUUGGUGUUUUUUGGGGAAUCGGCUGACUGCUGGCAGGUGAACAGCCAAUCACAGGAGAGGACUGUGGAUCUCCAUGGUAACCGCGGAUUGUUUGGGGAAGGGACGAGCUUCCUGUUUGUCGGAGGAUCGGACCGUCAGAGUCGUGAUGGCGGGGACGUCGAGGCACGACCGAGAGAUGGCGGUGAAGGCCCGGCGCCAGUUGUCGGAGUGUUCGGACCCGUUGGACAGACUCAGGCUGCAGUGUCUGGCUCGAGGGUCGUCCGGCAUCAAGAGUUUGGGCAGAACCUUUAAGGUCUUGGACGACGACAACAGCCGCUCGCUGGAGCUGAAGGAGUUCCUGAAGGGUCUGAAUGACUUCGGGAUCCUGAUCGAGAAAAAAGAGGCCCUGGCUCUCUUCGAGCGUUUCGACCGCGAUGGGAACGGGACCAUCGACUUUGACGAGUUCCUCGUCACUCUGAGGCCGCCGAUGUCCAAAGCCAGGAAGGAGGUGGUGAUGCAGGCAUUUCGGAAGCUGGAUAAGACAGGCGACGGGGUGAUCACCAUCGACGACCUGCGGGGGGUUUAUAACGCCAAGUACCACCCCAAGUAUCAGAACGGGGAGUGGAGCGAGGAUCAGGUCUUCAGGAAGUUCUUGGACAGCUUCGACUCUCCAUAUGACAAAGACGGACAGGUGACCCAGGAGGAGUUUAUGAAUUAUUACGCCGGUGUGAGCGCGUCCAUCGAUACAGACGUCUACUUUAUUGUGAUGAUGAGAAAUGCCUGGAAGCUCUGACUGAGCGUCGUCGUGGUAAACCAGCUCGUGGUUGGGUUGGCGAGGUGGUGGAGGGCGCCGCGGGUCGUCCAUAGGAAUCCUGCAGAGUAUAUUGUGUGGUUUUAAUGUUUCAAACACAACACAAAGAAAAAAAACACAGUGAAUAUGUGAAAAUGAAAUCAUGAUCGGACUCAAAGAACCAUACAAGAUACAAACCUCAGUG